ACUUACCAAUACACGAUUAGACAUAAGCGCGCAUUUUUGAAACACUGCUGGAACCUUGAUUUAUGCUAAUGGACUUUAACAUGCACCGGUGCCCCUACACGAAGUAGGUACAGAACAGUGAUAAAGAAUAACAGAAUUAUAAGUGUAGGCCACAAAAUUCUUGAACUUUCUGGCUUUAUUCCGAGAGUAUAACAAUUGUAGGUGCAUGAAUAUAAAAUGCAGUAAACUGUAUAAUUUAUUUGGAUAAACCGCGGAAGGUGGCACAAGCGUUGCGGCCAUGAACUACCCCGGAAGAGCAAGCAAGCAGUCGCUACACCAAGUUCUAUAUCCAACUUCCUGGAUAAAGUUUAGACCGGGGAAAAUCUCACAAAUCUAGGAAGUACCGCGCGCUUUAUUGUUCCAAACAAAAGUAAGAUGACAUCAACUCUUGCCAGGGCCGUUGCUAGUGCCGUUGAAACGGUCAACCGUGCCGGGCGAAUCCUUAAAGUGGUUCAGCGUUCAGGCUCACUAGGCAUCAUUGAUAAGGCUAUUGGUGAUUUUCAAACAGAAGCUGACAGAAAUGCUCAAGUGUGUAUUGUUGAAUCUCUCAGCAUGAAAUUUCCCAAAAUGAAGAUCAUCGCAGAAGAGGGUCAUCUGGAAGGUCUCCCGCUAAGAGAGGAUUGGAUUGUAGAAGCAAUGAGUAAAGAUGUUCUUAAGGAAACUAUGCCGUCAUCACUUGCUGACGUGCAAGAGGAAGAUAUCGUUUGCUGGGUUGAUCCGUUGGACGGGACCAGGGACUACGCACAGGGCGCUAUUGAUCAUGUCACUGUUUUAGUUGGGUUCGCCGUUCGAGGUCGCGCGGUAGCUGGAGUAAUUCAUCAGCCAUUUUACGGUUAUAACGCUGAAAAGGAUUUCAUACGAUCGGGUCGUACCGCCUGGGGUAUCGUAGGCGUCGGAGUUCGUGGACUGCGUCCAAGGAUUCCCAAUUCCGGGUUUAUAGUGGCGACAUCUCGUGUGCGUUCCCAGCCAGCAAUCGACGCCUGUAUUAAGUCUAUGCGACCUACAAAAGUGAUCAGGGUUGCCGGAGCUGGGUACAAGAUGUUACUCGUUCUUGAAGGGGUAGCACACACAUAUUUGUUCCCAUCGGCGGGGCUCAAAAAAUGGGACAUAUGCGCGCCAGAAGCGCUGUUAGUAGCAGCGGGAGGUGCUGUAGCUGAUAUUCAUGGCAACGCAAUACAGUAUCAUGCACAAGCGGACUACCCUAUCUGGUGCGGAGUUCUGGCUGCUAGAAGAAAAAAUGACCUGCAGGGAUAUCUUAAAAUGAUUCCAAAGGACGUCAGAAAACGAAUGUUAAUAAACCAAGAAAAUACGAUGGACGAGCUUUGAUCGGAUUCGGUGUCAGAUUUGAAAACGGUAAUAAUUGAACGCACAGCUUCCUCGCUGCUUCGUCUUGUUACUCAUUUACAUACGGACGAAUCUGUGUCCGAGGCUUCAUCCUAUCCAGCGGCGUGUACGCGUUCUUCAUACCGUUUGUACACAAGAGGCGAGGCUCAAUUUUUUUGAGCUGCAUUCAUUGACAGCCUGAUAUUGGGGAUGGGAAAUGCAAGCUCGCGAAAUGUACAAGCUUAAAAUUUUGGAAAAUUGUGAGUUCAGGCGAUCCCUAAACCACUCUAGUUAGGAUAGAGAGACCUGAACAUCACGUAGCGAGUGAUAUCGAAUGGUUCAAAUUCAAAGUCGAAUUGAUUUCAUUAGCUGACUAUCCAGUUAAAACCCAUCACUACCCAUUAUGAAGCAGGAAAAAGUGCGCAAAACGUUGGUUUGAUACACCGACUGAAGACGCGAGUAUCGGUUCCUUUGACAUAACAUCCAUACUACAAAUACCAAAAAAAAACAAUAUUCGAUUCCCAAUAAAAAUGGU